GGUCGGAUUUUGUCUUCGUCUCUUUCCUCUGGCGGUAGGGGUCCGGAGUUCCUGGUCGCAGAGUCCCGUGGAGAAGGCUGGAGAGUGGUGUUCUCCGCCUCACAGCCCAUGGUGGGAGCCUGCAGGGGUGCGCACAGUUCACACCUGAGAUUGAAGCGCCAGGCCUCCGACGGGACCGCCAUUCCUGAGCGGCUUCUCCCGCCGCUCCCGCCCGGCUCAGCCCACAGAGGGCAAUGGCGGCGCCCCCGCUGAGGAGACGGGCUGAGGUUGGCGUGACCUUUGAGGACAUUGCCCUGUACUUCUCCAGGGAGGAAUGGAGCCUCCUUGAUGAGGGUCAGAGACAGCUGUACCUGAAUGUGAUGCUGGAGAACUUUGAACUUACAUCCUCCCUGGGUUGCUGCUGUGGAGCAGAGAAUGUGGAGGCAGCGACUAAACAGAAGAUUUCUGUAAAAUUGUCACAGGAAAGGAUUCCACAGUUAUCCUUGUCUUCCCAGAAGAGCCACCCCUGUGAGAGUUGUGGAUUUGUUUGGGGAAACAUUUUCCACAUGAUGGAGCUGCAGGGAACACAAUACAGACAGAUACUGUUGAGGUGUGGGGCAUGUGAAAAACAAUUUUAUUUCAGUGCAAAAUGUCACCAGCAGCAUGUGAGAGAGAAGACUUCCAUUAGAGGCGUGGAAAGGAUCUCACUUGCAAAUAGCUUCAAUUUCAAGGUGUCUCAAAAUCAUUUCACCUGUGGGGAGGUUGGUCAGGGUAUACAUUCCUGGUCAGGACAUCACCUAAUGGCUACUCAGACCAGGGACAGGCCAAAUGGUAUUUCGAAGUGUGGGGUAAAGUUUCAAAGGAGAAAAAAAAACUACACAAGAAAAGAAUAUAACAAAGUCAUUGGCUGCAAUCACACGUUUAUACAGGAUAAAUGUUUCCAUGCUGGAAGUCAGUGUUUUCUGUGCUGUGAAUGUGGAAAUUAUUUUACCAAAUUUUCUAGCUUUCAUUAUCAACAGAGAGUUCACACUGGAGAAAACCCUUAUGAGUGCAGUGAAUAUGGGAAUACUGUUACCAAUAGCAGUGGCCUUCGUUGUCAUCAGAGAGUUGACACUGAAGAAAGGCCUUAUCAGUGCAGUGAAUGUGGGAAUUCUUUUACCAGUAACACUACCCUUCAUCGUCAUCAGAGAGUUCACACUGGAGAAAAGCCUUUCCAAUGUAGUGAAUGUGGGAAAUCUUUUACGACAAUGCAUAGCCUUCAUUGUCAUCAGAGACUUCACACUGGAGAAAGUCCUUAUGAGUGCAGUGAAUGUGGGAAAUCUUUUACCCGGAGCAGUAGCCUCUGUAAUCAUCAAAGUAUACACACUGGCGAAAGGCGUUACGCAUGCAGUGAAUGUCCAAAAUCUUUUGCCACUAGCACUGAUCUUGUUCGUCAUCAGAGAGUUCACACUGGAGAAAAGCCUUAUAAAUGCAGUGAAUGCGGGAAAUCUUUUGCCAGUAGUAGUUGCCUUCGGUGUCACCAGAGAGUUCACACUGGAGAAAAGCCUUCUAAAUGCAGUGAAUGUGGGAAAUCUUUUACCACUAGCAGUGAUCUUCGCCGUCAUCAGAGAGUUCAUACUGGAGAAAAGCCUUAUAAAUGCAGUCAGUGCGGGAAAUCCUUUACCACUAGCAGUUAUCUUCGUUGUCAUCAGAGAGUUCACACAGGAGAAAAGCCUUAUAAGUGCAGUGAAUGUGCGAAAUCUUUUAUGACUAGCAGUGAGGUUCGGCGUCAUGAGAGAGUUCACACUGGAGAAAAGCCUUAUAAAUGCAGUGAAUGUGAGAAAUCUUUUACCACUUGGAAUGGCCUCCAUUAUCAUCACCAAUUUCAUACUGCAGAAAGGCCUUCCUAAUGCAGUGAAUGUGGGAAAUCUUUUACCACUAAGACUUAUCUUCAUAGUCAUCAGAGAGUUGACACAGGAGAAAAGGCUUAUAAAAGCAGUGAAUAUGGGAAAUCUUUUACAAGUAUCAAUGGUCUCCCAAUAUCAUAAGAGUUCAUACUGGAGAAACCCCUUAUGAGUGCAAUUAACAUAAGAUAUCUCUCAUCCAAAUUCUAAAUUUGUGAGACUUUUCUUAGUUGUGUAGGAUAUGUUCCUCAGGUCUUAACAAUAGCAUAAAAAUAUUGCAAAGUCUAAUUUGUCUGCUUUAUAUCUCAUAUUUAAACACUUACAUUAUGUAAAGUCCCCACAAGAGUUUCCGCUGUUGUUUUUUAUACGCGAACCAUAUGUGUGUAUGUUGCACUUUUUAACAUACAAAUGUCUUGCCAUAUCUGUCACUGCGUAUUUCUGUUGCUGAAGGUAUUUCACCUGCACCUCGUGUAAGGUCCCUACAGAUGGUAUUGAUCACCAUCCUCGUGUGCUCAGGGAAGCUAACUCUGUUGUCUGGUUUGUUGACGAAAACUAGGAAUACCUGAUCCCUUAGGAAUUCUUAAUUCUUUUCACUCUCAGGAGUUGCCACGUAGAACACGUUAAUGUUGGCAAACUGCCAGUCUCAUGUGCCUUUUGGUUUGUAAAAUAAUGCAUGCUUUUUACUAAGACGUCUUUAAUCUUGGAUGUUCCAUUUACUGUGUGGGUUAGUUUAUAAGGACAUCUGGGCUCUCCAAGCAUGAUGAGGUAAGAAACGUUUCUGAGAUCUCAAACAUUCUUUGCCCUGGAGGGAACAGUAUGGUGCAGAAAUUAGCUCAGCAGUUUUUGCCUAAUUUACAUUGCUGCCCAUAUUUUCCUAGGAAACACUGUGGACUCUCUGGUCCUCAUGUGAAGAUGGGUGUUUUGAGACACAGAGACCACUCCAAAGAGGGGAUAGCUGUGACAACCUCAAGUAUGUCUGGGAGCACUGAUUUUUUUUCCUGUUUUCAAGGAAGAUGCUAAGACAUUUGAAGAGAACCUCCUCCCCACAUCUUACAGAGGGCCACGUGCCCUAAUGCCUACAUUGCCAUGGGUGAUGGUAAUUGGUUGGAGGACCAUAGCAGUUAGCGGAAACCAUUUCCGUGCAGAACCACUGGCAUAAUUGGUGUUGGAAGUGAAUACAGCUCAUUAGAUGGAAUGUUCCUCAUAGAAACGUGCAUCCAGGAAUGCUCUGAGGAAAAGUGUAUAGGAGCAUUGUGUACACAGACCUGAGGGUCUCCAGGCAUGUUUAUCUUCUGUGGAUGCAGUCAUUGUCAUUGGUUAUCAUCAAGAGGUUUUGUGGAUUCCUGUAGCCUCUCAGAUGUUCCCCUCAGAGCCAUUGUUGCGCUGGCAGAAAAACAAAGAUGAAGGCAAAGGGUGUCUUUAGUCCAGGGAUGUGGCUUCUGUGACCCAGCCAGCAUUCUUGUUGAUUUGGUUGAAAGUGCUCCAUUGUUUGUUAAAUUUUCUGUCACUAGGCAAGACAGUUGCCCAGAGGGUAUAAGAAGGUGGAUUGAAUAUAGAUUUGCCAAGCCUAUUUUUCCAAUACAGUGGAACAAACUUCUUAAUCUGGAACCAUUUUUAAAAGCUAUAAUGAGUAAAAUACAUGUGUUUAGUAUAGCGUUUCAUAAAUCUUGAUGUGUGUGUGUGAAAGUGAAAUCAUUAUUAUACUCAUAACACUGACCAUAUCUGUCACUGUGCACUUGCUUCAUGACCUUUUUUACAUCUGUCCCUGUUCUGUCAAUGGUUAAGUCAAGUAACCAUUGACUUAAAUUCCAUUUUAAUAGAUAACUUUGCAUUUUUGAAGUAUUUUUCUGCUUUAUAUUUCAUAAAUACUUGGAAAUUUUGUAAAGAUAUACUAGUAACUCAUUUUUUUUCUGAUAAAUAUUCUUACCUUUGAAUAUAUCACCAAUAGUUUACCCAUUUUUUUGAAUCACUUGUUAUCUAUAAUAACAAAAGCGUUAUAUGCUAAUUAGACCAGACAGCCAGACAACCUUCUGUACGUCCUUCCAGGUGACCUUCCGGACAAAGCCAGGGCUGCUAGGGCUGAGGGAAGCCACUGCAGCUGUGAGGACCGAGCCCCUUGCAUGAAUUUCGUGCACCAGGCCUUUAGUUUCUAAUAAAACUGAUACAAACAUUUCUGUAUAAUUCUUUAUAUCAAUAGAAGUUUCAUUUAACUUUGUCAAAAUAAAUUUUCAGUACAUAAUUCUAGGUCAUGGUGUAUUUGAAUGUUUAAAUUUACAAAGAUUAGCAUUUUGUGAUCUAUACUAAAUAUACCAUCAUGGAUGUUGUGGCUCAGUUGGUUGGGUGCACUGAAGUGUUACCAGUUGGAUUGCUGGUCCUGUGCCUGGAUUGUGGGCUACGGGGGUGUGCAAGAGGAAACUGGUCAAUGUUGCACUUGAACAUCGUGUUUCUCCCUCAUUCUUUUUCUCUCACCAAAAAUUAAUGAAAUAGCCAUCUGGAAUGGCUCAGUUAUUGAGCUUUGACCUAUGAACCAGGAAGUCAUGGUUUAAUUCCCGGUGAGGGCAGAUUCCAAGUUGCAAGCUCAAAUCCCAGUGUGGGUUGUGCAGGAGGCAGCCAAUCAAUGAUAAUCUCUCUUCAUUGGUCUUUCUCUCCUUUUGUUUUUGAGGUCAAUAAAUAUAUAUUUUAAAAAUCAAUAAGCUAUUCUUUAAAAGUAAAAAUAAACUGAUGGUGCCUUUUGGCAUUUUCCCACCAGUGUGUAAGGUAUUUACCUUUUACACAUUCUAGCAAAUCUUUUGUCAAUCAUUAUUUAAAUAAAUUCUGUAAUUUUGUCAUUCUACCUAUCUGUUGUUUCAUUGUAUUUAUUCUAGGGCUUUAUGGUGAGCCUUUUCUCAGAAGUGUAUUUGUUGAGUCUGUAUCUUUUAUUUUAUUUUUUUAAUAUAUUUUAUUGAUUUUUUACAGAGAGGAAGGGAGAGACAUAGUUAGAAACAUCGAUGAGAGAGAAACAUCAAUCAGCUGCCUCUUGCACACCCCCUACUGGGGAUGUGCCCGCAACCAAGGUACAUGCCCUUGACCAGAAUCAAACCUGGAACCCUUCAGUUCGCUCUAUCCACUGAGCCAAACUGGUUAGGGCAAGUCUGUAUCUUUGUUAAAGCAUCUUAUCAUAUGUUCGGCCUAAUGUGCUGAGUUUUGGCAAUUUUCUUUAACAAAAGGAACAGUGGAACAAAAAAGAUGCCUGUUGGAAUUUAAUUUUGUGCCUUUUUUGGUGUAGGAAAUAAACAUUUUUUGUAUUGGAAUAUUUUUUAAUGUUUUACUUUUUAAUAGAUAUUUUAAUUUUUUAAAAACAUUUUUAUUGACUCAUAGAUCAAAAGAGAGAGAGAGGGAUAGAAAUAUCAAUGAUGAGAGCCCAGCAGGUGUGGCUCAGUGGUUCCACAUGGACCUAUGAAGCAGGAGGUCAUGACUCAAUUUCUGGUCAGGGCACAAGCCUGGGCCCCAGGGGAGACCUCUAGUGUGGAGCCUGCAGGAGGCAGCUGACCAAUGAUUCUCAUCGUUGAUGCUUCUCUCUCUCUCCCUCUUCUGGCCACUUCAACCUCACCGACAGAGACAUCCCCAUGUCACACAUUUCUCACUUUGCCAAUGCCCACAAGCACCUUUUUCUUUGGGUGCAUUUUAGUGAGAAAUGGGACCUAUAAGAAAAGUAAUCCAUAUAGGAUGCUUUGAAGUUAAAACUUUCCAAGUAAAAGCUGGUCACCUGGUUAUUUAUGGAGUAGCCUGUUGGUUUUUUUAUUUUUGUUUUGUUUUUUGUAAAGGACAAUUUUUACCUUAUUGAACCUGUCUGUUGUAUUUUUGCAUCUGGGAUGACAGACCUUUGGAUUUUCAGGGACAUUUCUGUUUCACAGACUCCUAAGCACAAUCUCCCAGCACAGAAGAUCACAGAGCCCCAAUUAUUAUUGCUCUUGUGUUAAAUAUUAACUGUUAACUAAUCGAUAGACAUAAAAAUAAUUGUGUGUCUAUUUUUUUUACUGUUUAUCCAAUCCCAGAGAUUUUCCUCCUUACCGCUCCCCCCCUCUAAUUUAUCACCAGUGAAUGUCAUGUAACCCCCUGAUGUCUUCUCCUUUGAGGCUAAUGUAUAAAAAAGAUGCAAAACUGCCGUUCUCCCGACCAUUACUCUAUCUGUUGUUACUUUCCUUCCUGGCAAAUGUCUCCGACUUGAGUCAAAUAAACAGAAAAAUUCUC